UUCUCUUCACAAAGGCAGAGAGCUUGAAUGCCUCGCACACUUUGCUACCUUCCUUUUCGACAUUGUUCAAAUCAUCUUUCAUGUACAAGGACCUUUCGGCGACGGGAGGUAAUUGACAGAACUCAUGAAGACUGUAUCGCAGCUGCAAGCCCCAACCUGGUCUCAUGAGCCUGGACCUACUGGACGUGACUUCGGAUUGGAACGUUUUGGCAUUCUUCGCUCUUCAUAAACAAUUUGUCCUGCGUCCUGCUUGGAUCGUUCCAUCAUCUCCUGUCUGUGCCUGCCUGUCUGUCUGUCUGUCUGUCUGUCUGUCUGUCUGUCUGUCUGUCUGUCUGUCUGUCUGUCUGUCUGGUCGUGAUACCUCGACUCCACAGUCCCCCGUAUAUCUCGCAUCGGAACUGCUAUCUACAGUCCUCAUGGGUGAACGAACUUCCUCGGAGAUCGGCUAUAUUGGUGCACAGCGGGACGUAGGCAGACACAGCGUCCCUCCCGACGUACUCUCUGCAUAAGUGCUCAGGUUGACAAGCUUUGAUUGCCCUUGACAUCGACAACGCCAGUGUUGCGGACGCAAACAAUAAUGUUGUCGUUAACCAUAUUGUUGGCAUAGGGGAAUGCAACA